AUGGAGUCCUUCGCCAAACUGAAGCGUCGCGGAACCGACCUGCUAAACUCGGUCUCGCAGAACAUGCCUUCAAUGCCUUCAAUGCCACACAUGCCUCACAUGCCCCAGAUGCCACACAUGCCUCGCAUGGGAGGCGGCCCGACUAUGAAGGGCACCUGGCAACACAUAGCGCUCCCUCCCCUCCCGCGCUCGUCGCAUACCCUCGACAUCAUCGCCGGCAACGCGUACAUCUUCGGCGGAGAGGUCGAAGCUCGCAAGCCCGUCGACAACGACAUGCACAUUAUCGUCCUGCCCUCCAGCGGCGCGAACGCCGACUACUACGCCGUCAAGGCGAAACCAUCACCCAAGACCCAAGCGCCUGCCACCAUCACCGAAGAGGACGAGACCGCCGCCCAGCUGAAGGACCCUCUAACUGAAGUCCCGCUCAGCUCCCCGCCACCUCCAGGCACUUCUUUCGAGGAGCAGCCCUCGUCCUCAACGACCGAGAAGGGCAAGGGCAAGCCCCUGCCCUCCGACGUUCCUAGCCCGCGCAUAGGCCACGCCUCGGCCGUAAUCGGCCCGCGAAUCUUCAUCUUUGGCGGGCGCACCUCGCCCGCCGGCUCCGACACGCUCGACGAGGGCGGACGCGUCUGGGUCUUCGAGACCAAGACGCAUACCUGGUCAUACCUCGACCCAUACCGCACAAGCCCCAGCCCACCACCGCGCAGCUACUUCGCCGCCGUAGCGACCGACAAGCCGAGCGACUUCGCCAUCAAGCCGCUGCGCCGCACCUCGAGCUGGAAAGAGUGGGCGGAGGGCGACUCGGCCGAGGUGGGGAUCCCCCAACGACCAAUCACCGGCCAUAUCGCAGCCGGCGCUACCGACGACGAGGAUGCUGGCUUUGGUACCUUCAUCAUCCACGGGGGUUGCCUCGCGGACGGUUCGCGCACGUCCGACGUCUGGGCCUUCGACGUGCGCAGCUGCACCUGGAAAGAGCUCCCCUCGGCGCCGGGUCCUGCCCGCGGAGGCGCCGCCCUCGCCAUCGCCAAGAGCCGUCUGUACCGCUUCGGCGGCUUCGACGGCGAGAAGGAGCUCGGCGGGCAGCUGGACGUGCUUGAACUUUCCCUCGACGAGUUCGACGAUCGCGUCAGCCGCGGUGAGAUCGGCGUCUUCGCGCGCGGCGAGUGGUCAAGCCACUACCCGCCCGUGACCGCCUCCCCGCCCCCGUCCCAGCAGGAUCAGGAAGCCGGCGGUGACGACCCCGCCGCCGAGCCCACCAUCCAAGACACCGCCAGGCUUAUCGAGACGGAGGCCUGGCCCGCCGCGCGCAGCGUCAGCAGCCUGAACCUCGUCCUCGGUGGCGGCGGGCGCGAGUACCUAGUCCUGAUGCUCGGCGAGCGCUCGGCCAGCGCCUCGGGCCACGAGGCUGCGGGAAGCUUCCACGGCGACGUAUGGACGUUCCAGGUCCCGCCGCUCGGCAUGACGGCCGCGAGCGUCACCGACGCCGUGCUGCAGGCCGUCGGCCGCAAGACGGGCGAGGGGGUCUGGACGCGCGUCGCGACCGGCCCCGAGGACGAGGACGAGGCCCUCGACGUCAAGGGCCCUACCCCCCGGGGCUGGAUCGCGAGCGCGACGCUGGGCGACCUUGGGGAGAAUGCGGUUAUGGUGUUUGGGGGCCUGAGCGAGGGGAAUCAGCGGUUGGGCGAUGGGUGGAUUUUCAGACUUGGGUAG